UUUUACCAAAGACAGCCAAAUGUGAAUGCCGAUCCUCGUCAAAAUCAGCUGCAACAAAACCCUCGAACAUCACAAACUACUAGCAGCACCACACCAAGGCCGACCUACGCAACUCAUACCGGGUACGGACCUGAUGAGGACUACGAUGAUGAUUACUUGGGUGCUGUAAUGACGACACCAUCUGUGCAGGUAUGA